UAUUUUACAGAACUAGUUCUAAAAGGCCCAGUGUGUGGCCCAUUUCGCACCGAUCUUUCUCGACGUUUUCUCCAAACGACGUUAAGAAUCUGGGAGUUUGCAGAUUGAUACUGCCAAAAUGGUUGUCAUGCUAGUUGUUAUUCUGUGGUUCGCAGUUGCCGAAGCUUCUCAGUGCUCAAUUAAUGGAUUACCACUCGUGAAGAAUAUAAGCGAGCUUCCACAACACAAUUACGGGAGUUCUGGUUUAUCUCACACUACAAUUGCAGGUUCAGUCUUGCACGGCAUGAAAGAGAUAGAGGUGUGGCUUCAAACAUUUGCACCUGGAUCUCGCACACCAAUCCACAGGCACUCAUGUGAAGAAGUUUGUAUCGUCUUGAAGGGUGAAGGCACUCUCUAUCUUGCUCCUAGUUCACAUUCAAAGUACCCAGGGAAUCCGCAGGAGUUCCAUAUAUUCCCUAAUAGCACUUUCCAUAUCCCUGUUAAUGAUGUUCACCAGGUAGGGAACACUGGCGAACAUGAAGAUCUACAAGUUUUAGUUGUUAUAUCUCGUCCCCCAGUGAAAGUGUUUACAUACGAUGACUGGUCGAUGCCACACACAGCUUCCAAAUUGAAGUUCCCGUAUUACUGGGAUGAGGAAUGUUAUCAGACAACAACAAGGAAAGAUGAGCUUUAGCCAGAAAUGUAGACAAUUGCAGUUAACCACAUAAGCAUGGCGUUUGAUAUGUUUCAGUGUACAUGGUACAAAUGUAUUAUCCAGUCGCCGCAUCGAAAUAGCUUAAUUUUUAUUAGCCAUUAGUACAUUAUUUCUUACACGUAUGAUAGAUUAAUUCAGAAACAUGAUUACAUGUGGUUUCCCGGUUGCUGUUAUUGCAUUUUGAGUCUGGUGGGAGAUCAUUCUUAGACUCUGUAAUGACGGUCACUGCUCUAUACUCCAUCAUCCUGUGAAUAUCAGAUUAUCCAUCGACUUUGAAUAAGUAGACCAUCCAUAAUGUGUUCUUUUUGUCUUUC